ACACCUGCCGGCCCGCGAUCCUCGCGCCAGCUGCAUUUUGUCCAGCCUUUGAAGCUCCCAGCACCUGGUUCUCAUCACAGCAUCUUUCCUUCACUGGCCGAGGGUUGCUGAGCUAGUCCGCGCCAUCCUGCACGGUUUACGCACUUUUCGAGCCAGGUCCGUGGUGUUACCGAUGUAAAGUCGUACAAAAACAGGACGAAGGAAUUCCCUCGAUUCUACUUCUCAGACCCAGCGCCCACUCCAACCGGAAGAGGGUCGAGCCGGCGGAGAGGACACGGACCCGGGAGACUUUGCUUCCCUUCGGCUUUACAAACUGCCCAAUGACGGGCUACGGCGGGGACAGUUUAUAAGCUGAGGCCAAUAGCGGAGAGUGGGAUGGGUCUUGACUGGGGCCUGGCCCAGUGAGAGGCGCGCAGGGAAGAGCCCUGUCCGGCGAUGGUCCAAUGGGAGCCGCGCAGGGAGGCAAGGCCACGGCAGGGCGGGGAUAUAUAAACCCGAGGUAGUGGCCUGCUUUGGGAUUCGUGGUGUCGCCGGGGACUCGUAGCGCGUCUGCAGGGAACGACCGUCUGUCUACACGGUGCACCUGAGGAGCAGCCAUGCGUGAGUGCAUCUCCAUCCACGUGGGCCAGGCUGGAGUGCAGAUGGGCAAUGCCUGCUGGGAGCUCUACUGCCUGGAACACGGCAUCCAGCCCAACGGCACCAUGCCCAGCGACAAGGCUCUGGGCAGCAGCGACGACUCCUUCAACACUUUCUUCAGUGAGACCGGGGCUGGCAAACACGUGCCCCGUGCUGUCUUUGUGGACCUGGAACCUGCUGUCAUAGAUGGGGUAAGAACUGGCAUUUAUAGACAGCUCUUCCACCCCGAGCAGCUGAUAUCUGGCAAGGAAGAUGCUGCCAACAACUAUGCCCGUGGCCACUACACUGUGGGGAAGGAGAUCAUCGACCUGGUGCUGGAGCGAGUCCGAAAACUGACAGACCAGUGCACCGGGCUCCAGGGCUUCCUCAUCUUCCACAGCUUUGGGGGCGGGACUGGCUCUGGCUUCAGCUCCCUGCUCAUGGAGCGGCUUUCUGUCGACUACGGCAAGAAGUCCAAGUUGGAGUUUGCUAUCUACCCGGCCCCCCAAGUGUCCACAGCAGUCGUGGAGCCGUACAACUCCAUCCUGACCACACACACCACGCUGGAGCACUCGGACUGUGCCUUCAUGGUGGACAACGAGGCCAUCUACGACAUCUGCCGCCGUAACCUGGACAUUGAGCGCCCGACCUACACCAACCUCAACCGGCUCAUCGGCCAGAUCGUGUCCUCCAUCACUGCCUCCCUGCGCUUUGACGGCGCCCUCAAUGUGGACCUCACGGAGUUCCAGACCAACCUGGUGCCCUACCCCCGCAUCCACUUUCCCCUGGUGACCUACUCGCCCAUCGUCUCUGCCGAGAAGGCCUACCAUGAGCAGCUGACCGUGGCGGAGAUCACCAACGCCUGCUUCGAACCCUCCAAUCAGAUGGUCAAGUGUGACCCUCGCCACGGCAAGUACAUGGCCUGCUGCAUGCUGUACCGCGGCGACGUGGUGCCCAAGGAUGUGAACGCCGCCAUUGCCACCAUCAAGACCAAGCGCACCAUCCAGUUUGUGGACUGGUGUCCCACGGGUUUCAAGGUUGGCAUCAACUACCAGCCCCCCACAGUGGUGCCUGGGGGCGACCUGGCCAAGGUGCAGCGGGCGGUCUGCAUGCUGAGCAACACCACGGCCAUUGCCGAGGCCUGGGCGCGCCUUGACCACAAGUUUGACCUGAUGUAUGCCAAGCGGGCAUUUGUGCACUGGUACGUGGGCGAGGGCAUGGAGGAAGGGGAGUUCUCGGAGGCCCGAGAGGACCUGGCUGCCCUGGAGAACGAUUAUGAAGAAGUGGGCACAGAGUCCCUGGACGGCGAGGAUGAGAGCGAGGAGUUCUAGGGGACCCAGGCACCCACAGUGCACCUCUGGCACCCAAGUUGUGUAUCUCAUCCAACUGUUUCCCCAACCCUUACAAAUACAAUGUCUCAAGCAACAUGGAACCCCAUGAUGUGGAUUUCUAUCCA